CGAUCACCAAUUACAGACCGUCACUGUCUCUUAUACACCAUGAACCGCCCCAUCUCCACACUUCGCCUCGUUCUUUCCGCUACUCAGCCUCGCUUCGCCCCGUCACCUGCCGUCCUUCGCCCAUUUGUAUCCUCCACACGCCUCUACGCUACCCACCAUGAAACGGCUUCCCCGCAUUCUCAAUCACAAGCCACAAGCGAUCUUUUGAAGGGGCUCGGAAAUAAGACGGGAACAUCUUCUGGUACCCAAGACACUGUCGGGCCAUUCCCUCUUGGAGUUGGGCCCAAUGGCCGUAGGAAGACUUGGAAGUCAUGGUCUGACUUGAACAUUGGAGGAAAGCUGGUCCGUACAACGCAGCAGACUGGUAAUCUGACUGUCAUCCUUUUCGGAGGCGCCCUUUUUGUUGUCCUGACGUUUGCUCUCACAACGGAAUUGUUUGCAAAGAACUCCCCUUCUGUGCUCUACUCCCAUGCCAUAGAUAUGAUCCGCGGUUCAAAUGCUCUUGACGCGUACCUUCUGCCUCCUCUUAAAUUCACUCAUUCCCCACAUUCCUCUGCACCCGUCAGAGGCUCUCCUCCAAUCGCUCAUACCUUUAUCCGCAACCCCACUUCAGGCAAGGAUCAUCUUGUUAUCUCUUUCUGGAUCCAUGGUAGGGCCAAAGACGAAGAAGAGACUCUUUCAUGGAUAAAACAAGGUUGGAGGUCUGCUGUCGCUUGGGGAAAGGAAGGCAUGGAUAUGUUGGUGGGCGAAAAACCAGAAGAUGUGGUAAAGGAAGAUGUGGAAAAGAAAGAGCGAGUGGUGGUUAAGAAGGAACCCGGAACGUUAUCCAGAUGGUUCGGUGGGUUGAAUUUGAGGUCGACUGCUGGAUCUCGGGUUCCAUUAGCAAAAGAACUGCCUCCUGCUGGGACAUAUACCGUGGGAGAAGCUCGAGGAGAGUAUGUCAAGGAUGAGGCUGGAGAGUUCCAAAUGCUCUCGCUGAUAGUCGACAUACCAUCAUCCAAGGCUUCCUACCCUGGACGAGCUGUCAUCUUCCAAAGCCCCGAGGCGGAAACCGAGGGCCUUUUAGGCAAACGCAUCCGAUGAUUGUCAGCUACGGAACGGGUAAGGACAGAAUCAGAAGUUUCUCGCAGCAACAGAUGUGUAAUGCAUUUGUUGUAAAAGCGUGUGAGGAGAUCAUAUACUAAAUUAUGCUGGUAUGCGAGAAAUAAGCAAUUGUGCCGAUAAGUACAGAUGAUAAAUUACAACAAUGCUUGUGCUUUGGCUUUUUCCGGGCAGCCGUAAUCAGAUAGGAAGACCUUUCUAUGCCAUAUCCUAUUUUAGCUGCUCAGAACAGAUGUGCGAAGACGACGAGAUGUGAGAAGCAGAAUAGGGAGCGAAGUCGUUUGACUAUUGUUUAACGGCGUAUAGAGCCACAAGGCGUUCGUUGUCAUUUUACUGGGGUAUAUGGACCCACCUCAUCGAGACAGCCCUCGAUCAUGCCUUCAAGAUCUGUAAGACGAUAUCCAUAAGCAACUAAUUCAGGUAGAAAUGAACGGAGUUCCGAAGAAAUAAUUCGAGAAUGUAGAGAGCCAGCCUGUGCCAAGGUAGGGGAGUCUAAAUAAGCCUAGCAGGCUACUGGUACCCCGAUGUCCUGGACAUAUGCAGAGAGACCACUGUGAGGCAGUCAGUUGGUGACAUCGUCAUAGAUGAAACAAAACCUUACAAGACCCCUGCCGAUCUCACACACUCACUGAGCCUAGCAGCCAUCAUUGAAUCAACUGAUACAUUCACGCGGCUAGUGCCUUCUCGAUAGAAGCAUUCCACUGGAGUAGACAAGGGGGCAGAUUUUGACUAGACGAUGAUUCCUGUUAACAUAUCAGCGCUUCCCAUUUGUCGGACCCAGAAAGCGGACCUACAUAUCCCAGACAAUGCUCAACGAUUACAAGUAGACCGCCAUGACGAAGCAGUCUUGCAAGGCGCUCAAGAAAAAUGCCGUAGCUUUUUCAACUUGAGGCGUAGAGUAGCGAGAUACCUCCUACUGACCAAAUGAGCUCGAAGGCCACGGCAGAGGACGGGCAAUGUCUGCAGAAGAGAAGUCCAGGUUGCCAUGGUGAAUUCUUUCUCCAGUAUAUGACUUCCAGUCUGGCCUGGGAUGAGGCGAUUAGGGGAGGAAAGGAAGGAAAAAGAGGGAGAAAAAAGGUAGAAAUCUGCUUACGCGAGAGUCACAACAUCGGCAAAUGGUUCAGCAUUGGCUAAAAGUGCAGCCCAUUGACCUAAAGUCCCAUCAUUUAUUAUAUAGAAAAAAAUGAGACAGUUAAUGAGUUGGAAGAAGAAAUACA